CUUUGUUGAGGGUCCAGUUUCCAGUUUCCAAAUGGCGAGUCUCAGUUGGUGGCAGUCAAUGAUGAAUCCAUGACGUCAGCUGCGCCACAGCUUGGAGCACCUACCCAGAAGCUUUCACAGGAUCAAACGCAACUGGCUUUUGAUGACAUCAAUUGUGGAUUUUGGAACAGUUGGAAGCUGCCACGCGUGGAUCGUGGAUGGCCGUUGCAUGCAUCGUCAUCGCAAUCAUAAUUGUGGUUUCCCUUGAUGGGAUGAUUUGCGGGCGGGUGAUUGUUAUUUAAGGGCCAGGCUGUCUUGGCUUUCCUUCUUGCAUAUACUUCUUCACUCACCACAAUCACAACAAACAAAGUCUUACAAUCUUCAAUCUCAACAGCCUACUAUACACACACACACUUCUACACUACAGUCCUUCACACAACAACCGCAAUCAUGUCUGACAACUCCAACAACAAGCCCUCUACUCUCCAGUCCUACAUCGACUCCGCCACUGGUGCCGUCCAGAAUGCCGUGGGCAGCUUGACGGGCAACUCGGGCGAUCAGGCCAAGGGCGAGCUUCGUCAGGACAAGGCUCAAACUGAGUACGACGCUUCACAGGCAGCAGUCAAGCUCCCCGGCGGCACCAUCUCCAGCACAGGUGCCUUCGCCAAGGAUGACCCCAACCGGACCGAGGGUUCAUGGAACCAGACCGUUGGUGCUGCUAAGGAGUCACUUGGUGGUCUUAUCGGCAAUGAGUCUCUGAAGUCGUCAGGCCGUCAACAGAACCUCGAGGGCCAGCAGCAGGAAGCCAAGGGCCAGCUGCACGACUAUGGCCACGGAAUGGGCGAUCGUGUCCAGGGAACUGUCGGCAGUACCGUCGCUGGUCUCACCGGAGACACUUCAGGCCAGGCACACUACGAGGAGUUGCACGAUAAGGGCAAGACACAACAGCGUGGUGCCGAGCACGACAUCCAGAAGCAAGGUGAGGCCAACUACUAAGGCUGGCAGAGCUGAUGGUUAUGGGGAGGAAAGUGACGUUGAAGGCGUGGAAAGAUACCC